AUGGAUUCAAUGAGAGGACAAGGAGGUAUUCAGAUGCUACUGAGCGCGGAGCAGGAGGCUCAACAAAUUGUGACCGCUGCUAAAAACCUGAAAAUGGCAAGGUUAAGGCAAGCUAAGGAAGAAGCUGAGAUGGAAGUGGCGAACUACCGUUCCCAUUUGGAAGCUGAGUACCAAAAGAGUAUUUCUGAGUCAAGUGGGAGCUCGGACUCAACAGUUAAACGGCUUGACACAGAAACUGAAGAGAAGAUUCAAAGCCUGAAAGGAACAGCAUCAAAAGUAUCUCCGGAGAUUGUCAAAAUGCUCAUCAACCAUAUCACGACUGUGAGAACAUGA